UUUAGUAAAAUCAGGAAGUCUAGAAUCAUUCUCACAGUGAGUUGGUCCUUGUUGUUGUGUCUUACUCUGCUCAUCAACAUGGCUCUUCAUCUCAGUGUUCUUCUCAUCUUCACUGGACUCACAGGAAUUCACAGCAUAACUACAGUCAGUAAAGUGUCAGUGAAGGCUGGAGGCUCCAUCUCUAUCCCAUGUCUCUAUGAGCCAGAGUACACACACCAUGUCAAACACUUGUGUAAAGGAUAUAAUUUGGGGUCCUGCUCCUGCAAAGUUAAAACUGAUCAACCAGACAGUUCAGGAAAGUUUUCAAUCUCUGAUGACAAACAACAAAGAAUUUUCACUGUGACUAUUAAUAAUCUGAUGAUGGACGACACUGAUUACUGGUGUGUUGUGGAGAUAAAUGACCUGAAAAGUGACGGGAAGCUUUUUCAGCUGUCAGGCACUGGAGGUUGGCCCCAACUCUUUGUGGAUCAUCAGGAGAUUACAGGAUUUAAUGGAGAAGAUGUAACCAUCCAUGGUUCCUAUAGUAACACUGGAGAGAUUGAGUGGUGCAGGCUGGGAGGGUCCUGUGUGAAGGAACCGUCUGGAUCAAUAAAUGGAACAAGAGUGACCAUUAAUGCAAAUGUCUCCAAAGUUUUCACUGUGACUAUGAGUGGACUGAGGACAGAGAGCAGCGGCUGGUAUUUCUGUACCAAAGGACUCCUACAGAUGCCAGUGCAUGUGACUGUUAAAGAGAGACCCAGCACUACAACCAGACGUUUAACCACAUCUUCACCCACAGCUGAACCUGUGAAUCACACUGCUGUCUCUGCAUUUGGGGAACCUACCACAGUUCAGGGUGGGAACCACAGAGCUUUCAUCAUCCCUUUGAGUUUGUUGAUCUUCAUUCUAAUGGUGGCCUCGUUCAUCUGGUUCAUGUUGAGAAGACACAAACAGUCCAAAGCACCAGCAUCAGCUGCAACUGAGGCUGAAGAGGAAGUAACAUACAGUACUGUGAAGCAUAAGAGAAAAACUCUUGUCAAGCUUGAAGCAGCAGAUGCGGACGUUACAUACAGCACACUGGCUCUGCAGUAAAUGGAUAUCAGUGUUACGGUUAUCUGCUGUAUAUUUUUUUAAACGCUCUAUCGCUGGUUUCUGUUUUUUAAUAGAGUCUCUCAAUUUGCUGUCUGCUAAAAUCUUCUCUCUUUAAAUAAGAAAUAAAAUACUGUGUAGAGGUGAAAUGAGGUAUCAGUGAAACAUUCUGGUAAUAAUCACUGACACUCCACUGUCUAUCUGGGCCUCAUUUUCUGAUUCUGAGACAUGAAGGUGCAGCAUUAGAGGACAGAAGGAAUCAGGACAUCUUGUCACACCAAAAUCUUUAUCAGCACAAUGACGCAGAGACUGACUUCUCUCUUGCAUGUGAACAUAUUUAUUUUGUACUUUUAUGGCCUGAUAAUGAUUCAUCACCACAAAGUGAUGUAGGUGAUAACAGACAGUGUGACUGGCUGUUUAUUCAAAGUUGCAGCCACACACUGUUUAUUAUAAUGUGUCAACUGUGACUGAAAGAUAUCACUUUAUGGAUGUCAGGUUCAGAACAGUUCCUAGAAUGUGUUUGGAAAUACAAGAAUCUGAUGUUCUCAUUAUGUACUAAGUCCACUUUUACUAUGUGUUUGCUUUUUGUGUUGCGUUUGAGUACUACUUGAGUAUACCUGAAGUGUAAGUAGUAUGAAAGUGAACUUUAAGAGAAAAACGCUUUGUUACGACUGUGCCAGGACUCCAGUGUCUCCUUGUGUUUUCCCCUGUCUGCCUUUCCAUGUGUGUUUGUUGUUGUCUGGGCGUCUCAUGGUGUGGGUGAGACCAUCUCUCCCUUACUCUCCUGGUUCAGCAGCAACUGCACAUCUGGUCUCUGUCGUCUCAUCUGCCUCUCAUCAUGCCCUCAACCUGCAGUAUUUCUACAGACCACUCUUCUACCACUCAUCACCAGAUCGUUCUCUCACCCUCAGUGGCUACGCUGUGGCCACACUUUGCUCAUUCGUUAAUUGAGAUUUUGAUUCCUCACAUUUGCCUUUGCUGGACCUGAAACCCCCGGGACCCGAACCCGGAUAAGCGGAUGAAGAUGAUGAUGAUGACAUUUGCUUUUUUGACUAAUACACCCUGUUUGAAUCCUUAUCAUAACAGAACCUUAACACACCUUUGUUGAUCUGGCUGAUUUUUGUUGCCUAAUUACACUCGCCCAAAUAAAGACAUUUUAGAAAAAUGUGUAAAA